GAUGUGCGGGUCACAGGCAACAGCAUUUCCGUUUCCGGCUCGCCUCCGGUGCCAUGGCGACCGCGAGGGCAGUGAGACUUCUGCAGUCUUCAAGCAGAUGGCGUCUCGGCCGUAGAGAAGUUCCCCAGUCCCGCGCGCUCGCCGCCCUUGUGCCCGGCGUAUCUCAGGUGGAUAACAGCUCCGAUUUUCUGGGGAAGAGGCCCCAUCGCCGGCACCCCGGCAUCCUGCAGCUGCCAUGCGUAGAGCUGCCGCAAGCACUGGCUGCCGCCGCGCAGCUCCUCCUGCUCCAGAGCGCGAUGCCCAAUGUGGAGAAGCAGGUGCGGGCACUGACGAAUUAUCUCUGGAGCCGGCAUUUACCUGUAGGGCCGGAGGAGUUGCAAAGACGGGCUGUGUACCUUGAGGAAAAAUUCUUGGAAAACCCAGAUUUAUCUCAGUCAGGGGAGAAACUUCGUGAAACGGUGCUGCGUGCCCUACGCAAAACUACAUACCAUUGGCAAGAACUGAGCUACAAUGAGAAACUGAGCCUGGUGUAUAUGGCAGCAAGACUGGAUGGUGGCUUCGCAGCAGUCUCCAGGGCAUUCCGUGAGAUCCAGGCUCGAGUUCCAGAGUUCCAGCCCCAAACCUUACUGGACUUUGGUUCAGGUACUGGUUCUGUCACUUGGGCUGCUCACAGUACUUGGAGCCAGAGCCUACGAGAAUAUAUGUGUGUGGACAGCUCAGCUGCUAUGUUGGAUUUGGCGGAGAAGCUACUGAAAGGUGGCUCAGAAUCUGGGGAGCCUUAUGUUCCAGGUGUCUUUUUCAGACAGUUUCUACCUGUAUCACCCAAGGUACAAUUCGAUGUGGUGGUAUCAGCCUUUUCCCUAAGUGAACUGCCCAGCAAGGCUGACCGCACUGAGGUAAUCCACACCUUAUGGCGCAAGACAAGUCAUUUUCUGGUAUUGGUAGAGAAUGGAACAAAAGCUGGGCACUCCCUUCUCAUGGAUGCCAGGGACCUGGUCCUUAAGGGCAAAGAGAAGUCACCUUCAGACCCUCGACCUGGCUUUGUCUUUGCUCCAUGUCCACAUGAACUUCCUUGUCCCCAGUUGACAGCCUCUAAGCCCCUGGCCUGUAGCUUUUCUCAGGCUUACCACUCCAUCCCCUUCAGUUGGAAUAAGAAGAAUCUAAAAGAGGAAAAGUUCUCCAUGGUAAUUCUUGCCCGGGGGUCUCCAGAAGAGGCUAAUCGUUGGCCCCGUAUCACUCAGCCUGUCCUCAAACGGCCACGCCAUGUGCAUUGUCACCUGUGCUGUCCAGAUGGGCAUAUGCAGCAUGCUGUGAUCACAGCCCACCGGCAUGGCAGGGAUUUGUAUCGCUGUGCUCGUGUCAGCUCUUGGGGAGAUCUUUUACCUGUGAUCACACCUUCAGAGUCGGAGCUUCCUCCGUCCCCUGCUAAAGAUCCCCCUGGAAGUUGACGAGGAUGCAUAACAAGUAUUUGCUUACACAGGCCUGCCAAGGGUGAAGGUACCUGGUAUCCAGGAUGGGAGUGGUCGCAGCCCUAUGUAUCCGUUUGAGGUUUUAAUAAUAAAAAGUUUGCAAAAAGUAGAAAUGGAUCUUGUGAUUCUUAAAAGG